UACUGUGCGUCGCAAUUUUGGGGAACAUGACGCAACCAUGACGCACCAUUCCCGGGGGUCAAGAGGUGCGUCUUACAAAUGACAAGUGCAUAAACACUCCAGCAGAGCAUAUAAGUCAAUGCAAUGCUUACUACACGUACUGACGGUGGGGUGCAGGCGUGCGUGAAGUUAACGACCAUGAUGAUGAUCAUCAUCAUCAUAAUGUGAAUUACUAACAUAAAUUUAAUGAGGAUCUGUGAUAACAGUCGCUAGCUAUUAAACACACACGCGCCCGCACAUCGCACCCCACUGUCGAUACCGUAUGCAAUUGAUCAUCGUGAACAGCUUCGCCAACGACUUUUGAUACUUAAUAAUGAUACUUAAUAGCAAUUGAUAAAUUGUAAAAAUGCAUGGCAGGGAGCCGGGAGUAAAUAGCUAAAUUCAGGGAAAUCAGUGCAUGCGCCUAUUAAUAUACUAAACUAAUUGAAAUAGGUAAAGAAAUGAAGGAACAAGUCCAAAGUUCGUGCACAAGAGUUUACACUGCAGAUGAUAUACUAAAAAUUUGAACAAGAAUUCUAAAAUCCGAUGAAUAUUUCCUGGAAAUGAUUGUAUUUCUACAGAAAUUGGAAAGAUUUCCUUUUGCGACAGCCACCUAAAUUGAAAAGAAAUAAUAUGGGUACAGCUUAGAAUGAUAUAUCUAAUAAUAUAAAAAAUGAUAAAUUAGGGUUAGAUGACUAGUGAAUAGCGCCAUCUAGGACACAGGAGAUAUAGUCUGAAGUAUCGUAGCUUAUAUCGCCGCUCAAGCUCAACUCGCAGAUACAUUGGUAGCUUGCUGGACUGCAGACCAAAGGAUCAGACGUCCAAACUUCAAAUCCACCCAGAGACCACAGGUUUUUUUAGUUUGUGUGAUGUGCAAUCAUCAAUGUAAGAGUGUUUGCUUGGAUGGACAGCAUGCCAAGAAUAUGAAUAGAUUCAAGGAGGAAUGGUAGGAGAGAAGAGAGAAUGUUGGCUAGAGGUGGCUGUCAACAAAAGGAAAUCUUUCGAAGAAAUUAUUCCCCUCAAUAUCACAUACUUGCAUUAUCUGCAAACUAAGUAAAAAUGAACCAGCAGCCUUUCAAUGCUUGGUGUUUUGUGAUGUGUCUGUUUUCAUCCAGGAUAAAGAGGGGUUGGAGACGGGAAGCCAAGAUGAGUGAAAUCAAGGUUCUUGAAGAGCCCCUGACAGGAUUCCAGGUCUUUUUCUUGAAGAUAGAGGAUACAGAAGAUGAGGAAGGUGAGGUGACCAGAGACCCAUCAAGAAUACAUGAUGAUAUCCUCAACCUGCAGUUUAGCUGUCGGGAUGGAAGUUUUAGUCAAGAAAUUUCAGGAGAGGAUAGGGAAGAGGAGAUCAAGACAAGUAACGUGGCAGAGCCUCAAGCUGGAAACCCCACAAGAUCAAAUCAGCAGCUGUCAGGACAUGGUGAAGAAUUGGACGAAAGGAGAUGUAUGAAGCCAGAAACACAGGGUGAGGUCUCAAGAAAAGGCAGCUCAACUAUUCUGCCAAAUGCUGAAGCAAUGACCAAUUGUGAUUCAUCUCAAAGAGACUUCAGGAGCAUGAUUAAUAAAUCUAGUUCAAAUGAUGUUUCAGUUCAAGAAAGCGAUUUGCUAAAACAGCCUCCAACAGCAGUGGACAGAGUGGGUGCUUCAUGUUCCUAUAGGCCUGAGCAUGAAGGGAUGAACAAACAAAGAGAAAGCCUACCGGAAAAGCAGUGUUCUGAUGGUGAUGAAAGAGUUGCAAACACUGACAGCGCAAUAGACAUGGUAUCUAACAGAAGAGAAAAGCGGCAUCAGUGUUUUGUUUGUAACAAAAAAUUCUUAUUCAAGAGUAAGCUAACAACACACAGCAUGAGCCAUAGUGGAGAAAAGCCUUUCCAGUGUUCUGUUUGUAACAAAAAGUUCAUAUUCAAGAGUGGGUUAAAAAAACACAGUAGGACCCAUGGUGGAGAAAACUAUUUCCAGAAAUUUCAGUGUUCUCAUUGUAACAAUAGGUUCACAACGAAGUUUGGCCUCCACAGACAUAAGCAAUCCCAUAAAGGAGAAAACCCAUUCCACUGCUCUCAUUGUAAUAUGAAGUUCUCGCUGAAAAGUUAUCUGUUAUCUCAUUUGAAAAGCCAUUCAGGGAUAAAGCCAUUCCAGUGUUCUAUUUGUAGCAAACAGUUUUUAGGGCAGAAAAGUCUAACAUACCACCUGAAAUUUUGUGAUAAAACACAACACAUAGGAGGAAAUACUAACUAUGACUGCUCUGUUUGUAACAAAAUAUUCUCUGUCAAGCAAAAUCUAAAAAGACACAUGUUGACCCAUAGUGGAGAAAAGCCCUUCCAGUGUUCUGUUUGUAACAAAGGUUUAUCAAGUAAGAGUAUGCUAGAUAUGCAUAUGAGAACCCAUACAGGAGAAAAGACAUAUCUUUGUUCAGUUUGUAGCAGACAAUUCAUAUGGAAGACUAGUCUAAAGUAUCAUAUGAAAACCCGUUGUGGAGAAAAGCUGUUUCAUUGUUCUGAUUGUAACAAAAGGUUCUCUACUGAGGACUACCUAAACAUGCAUAUGGAAACCCAUACAAGAGAAAAGCCAUUCCAGUGUUCUCAUUGUGAUAAGAAAUUCAUGCUAAAAAGUUAUCUGUUAUCUCAUAUCAGAUCCCAUACAGGAGUAAAAGCAUAUCAUUGUUCUGUUUGUAGUCAACAGUUCAUGUGGAGGAGAAGUCUAGCACGCCACAUUGUAAUCCAUGAUGUAGAUAAUCCAAGUCCAUGCUCCGAGUGUGGAAAAGUGUGUCUAAGCAAGUCUUCUCUCACCAAGCAUAUGAAAACCCAUACGAAGGAAAAGUCAUAUCAGUCAUCUCAGUGUUCUGUUUGUAACAGCAAGUUCUCAUGCAAGAGUGAGCUAAGAAGACACAUGAGGACCCAUAUUGGAGAAGAGCCUUUCCAGUGUUCUGAUUGUAACAGAAGGUUCUCACGAAAGGGUUACCUAGAUAUGCAUAUGAGAACCCAUACAGGAGAAAAGCCAUAUCUUUGUUCAGUAUGUAGCAGACGAUUCAUUUCGGAGACUAGGCUAACAAACCAUAUGAAAACCCAUGGUGGAAAAAGGUUUCAUUGUCCUGAUUGUAACAAAAGGUUCUCAUUCAAGAGUGAGCUAUCAAGACACAUGUUGACCCAUAGUAGAGAAAAACCUUUCCAGUGUUCUCAUUGUAGCAAAUGGUUCUCAAGAAAGGGUGACCUAAACAGGCAUAUGAAAAGCCAUGCAGGAGAAAAUACAAUAAAAAAGCCAUAUCUUUGUUCAGUUUGUAGCAAACGAUUCACUUCGGAGACUAGGCUAACAAACCACAUGAAAACCCAUGAUAGAAAAGAGAUUCAUUGUCCUGAGGCUGAUUGUAACAAAAGGUUCUCAUUUAAGAGUGAUCUAUCAAGACACAUGAGGACCCAUAGUGGAGAAAAGCCCUUCCAGUGUUCUGUUUGUAGCAGACAAUUCAUAUGGAAGACUAGUCUAAAGUAUCAUAUAAAAACCCAUACGAAGGAAAAGUCAUAUCAGUGUUCUAAUUGUAACGGAAUGUUCUCAUGCAAGAAUGAGCUGAGAAUACACAUGAAGACCCAUAUUGGAGAAAAGCCUUUCCAGUGUUCUGAUUGUAACAAAAGGUUCUCAAGAAAAGGUUACCUAGAUAUGCAUUUGAAAUCCCAUACGGGAGAAAAGCUAUUCCAGUGUUCUCAUUGUAAUAAGAAGUUCUUGCUUGAAAGUCAACUGUCAGAUCAUAUGAAAAGCCAUUCGGAGAUAAAGCCGUUUCAGUGUUCUUUUUGUAGCAAACAGUUUUUUUGGAAGAAAAGUCUAACAUACCACCUGAAAUUCUGUGAUAAGACACAAGACAGAGGAGGAAAUACUAACUAUGAGUGCUCUGUUUGUAACAGAUUAUUCUCAACCAAGCAAAAUCUAACAAGACACAUGAGGACCCAUAGUGGAGAAAAGCCCUUCCAUUGUUCUGUUUGUAACAAAGGUUUAUCAAGGAAGAGUGUGCUAGAUAUGCAUAUGAGAACCCAUACAGGAGAAAAGACAUAUCUUUGUUCAAUUUGUAGCAAACAAUUCACUUGGAAGUCUAGUUUAAAGUAUCAUAUGAAAACUCAUUCUGUAUUAAAUCAAUUUUAGUAUUCUGUUUGAAGAAAAUUGUUCAUUUGAAAGAGUAGUCUAAUAUGACCUAUAAAUAUCCGUACUGUAGAAAAGCCAUAUCAGUCGAGCAAUAAUAAUAGUGGGUUCUUGGAUAGUGCUCAAGACAUGUCUUUUAGACUUGACACUCCUGGCGCUCCACGGCAUUAGCAAUAUUGGUGCUCUAGCAUUUCAAGGAAUUAAUUCCAUGCCAGAUACCCGUUUACCUCACCUGGGUCGAGUGAGGCAAAUGUAUAUUAAUGUCUCGUAAAAGAAUUAUUCACCAUCAAAGAUGGCACAGGUAGGCCAGAUUUUAAUUAAAAAACCCAAGUACUGUAAAUCUCCGUGUAUAAGACGCACCUGUGUAUAAGACGCACCCCUAUAUUUGGGGCAGAGGAUUUAAAAAAAAUAAAAAUUUUGCCCACUUUGUCUGCAGCAAGCCAGGUUCGUGUUAAAAAACCCACGCGGGGAAGGACUUGCAUUUAACUGCAAGGUGCAGUUUAAGGCGCCGAUUUGUGCUUGUGAACCUGUCACAAAUAAUAGGAACAAUGUCGUUUUUAAAAGAAUGUGUAAGAUCAAUAAUGUAAAUUAAAAACAGUAGAGGACCUAGUAUAGAACCUUGUGGUACGCCGUGUGUAAUAGAAGAAAAAUUGGAUAAAUUAUUAUUAUAAACUACAUAUUGAGAACUAUUUGAAAGAUUACUUUCUAACCAAGAUGACAGACAAAUUUGAGUGUUGUUCUAGUUUCCGAGUGGUGAGUCAACACAUCGAUUACUGAGCUGGGAGACAUUGCCAGGCAUAGCGCCAGGUGGAGGGACAUAAAUCGAAACUUUAAACAAAAAAGUGCGUCUCAUACACGGACAUUUACGGGGUAUUCAUUUUUCUCUGGUUGUAAUACUUGGCCGAAAUAAUUGUAUAUCCUACGUCGCAAUAAAAUCAGACAAUUUUAAGUGCCUUUAUUUAGUGUUUGAAUCAGUGUUUUCAUUUUACAUCAUUCUAUUGUUCCUUGAUUUUAAAGUGCACGGUAAAAAUGUCAGAGGUAAAAAUCUGACAAGUAUGAAAUAUUUUGUAGUUGUCAUCAGUCUUUGACAUAAAUGUAGAACGUGUACGUUUGUAUUCUGCAAACAGAUAUAUCUUGUUGAAAGAGAAGUAUCUCGUAACAUUUCAUUAUGAUUAGAUUAGAUUUGAAUUUCAUUAACAAAAUAACAAAAAGAAGCCAAUUGAAAAGGGGUCUUAAUGCCCGGGAAAAAAAAGGAUGUAUGGUUCACUUUGUAAAACAUUAUUUUAAUGCAAUUUAUGAUGAAACAGUUGCUAUUGCAUGCUAUACUCGUUCUAAGAGGGUUUCCUUGUACAUCAUGGAGUUUCAUACCUAUAGACCCCAUGCCGAAAUUCUACAUGAAUUUUCUUGUGUAAUAAAGACUACUUGGAAAUUAGAAAAUACUAGAAAUUUAAAUUCCUUUCAUCGUUUUGUACAGUUAUGAGGCUAUUUCUGUUUGAAUUGUAGAGCAGGUUUUAUAUUCUUUUCGUUUGAAGCUUAGAAAUUAGGAAACAAUGUCUUUGUUGUAUCAAAAUAAAUUAUAUUUUAUUGAAUCAGAAGAAUUCUUGCCUGUGACUCAUGACUAACUAACAUUAAAUGUAAAAAUAUGUGCUAAUAAUGAGAUAUAUGGAAUAUGUCGACCUUACCGAAACAAGGAAAUGAAACCUAAAUUUUUCCAUCUGUUACUAGGAAAUUUGUUAUGUCCUGAUAAAGUCCUACUAUUCAUGUUAAAGUUCAAUUCAUUCUCUUUCGUAUGAUACUUAUAAUGUUAUGAUAUUGCUGCGUAUGAAUGAAUUUAUAAGGUUUUUUAGCCAGUGAUGAAGUAGUUUGCUCACAGAAGUGAUGUGUAGUGUAAUUCCAUGUAAUUCCAUUUGAAUACAACGCAAAGAAAGAAAACAAAAUAUAAAGACACAGAACCAUGA